GAGCGUGAACAGGUGCAUUGUGGGAAGCAUCUGUGACGCUGUCGUUUAGUUUUCUUGUUUAUUUCUUCUGUCUCUGUGUCAAAGCUGAAAUGACCGAGAAAGUCGGCAUUAAAUAAGUUGUUCAUUCAAAAGAAACAUUUUCCAUCCGCAGCCGUUAGGACGGACUGUAACAUGGAGGCCGCUGAAGGUUUAAGCAGUGCCACGCCCACCGAGGAGAUGAAUGGAGCUGGAAACCUGAUGGACUUCCUGGACGAGCCUUUUCCUGAUGUGGGCACGUAUGAAGACUUCCACACCAUCGACUGGCUGAGGGAAAAGUCCAGAGACACAGACCGCCACCGCAAGAUCACCAGUAAGAGCAAAGAGUCAAUCUGGGAGCUGAUCAAGAGCCUGCUGGACGCCUGGUCAGGAUGGGUGGUGAUGCUGCUCAUCGGACUCCUCUCAGGUACGCUGGCCGGAGUGAUCGACCUGGCGGUGGACUGGAUGACAGACCUGAAGGAAGGCGUGUGUCUGUCGGCGUUCUGGUACAGCCACGAGCAGUGCUGCUGGACGUCCAACGAGACGACGUUCGACGACAGAGACAAGUGUCCUCAGUGGCAGAAGUGGGCCGAGCUGAUGACCGGCCACGCUGAGGGAGCUGGAGCGUACGUGUUGAACUACUUCCUGUACAUCCUGUGGGCUCUGCUGUUUUCCUUCCUGGCGGUGUCGCUGGUGCGAGUUUUCGCUCCGUACGCCUGCGGUUCAGGAAUCCCAGAGAUCAAGACGAUCCUCAGCGGCUUCAUCAUCCGGGGCUACCUGGGGAAAUGGACCCUGCUGAUCAAGACGGUCACCCUGGUCCUGGCGGUGUCAUCGGGUCUCAGCCUGGGGAAGGAGGGUCCUCUGGUCCACGUGGCCUGCUGCUGCGGAAACCUCUUCUGCAGCCUCUUCUCCAAGUACAGCAAGAACGAGGGCAAGCGGAGAGAGGUGUUAUCAGCUGCAGCGGCGGCGGGAGUGUCGGUGGCCUUUGGAGCGCCAAUAGGAGGAGUUCUGUUCAGCCUGGAAGAGGUCAGUUACUACUUCCCUCUGAAGACUUUGUGGCGUUCGUUCUUCGCCGCUCUAGUCGCCGCCUUCACCCUGCGCUCCAUCAACCCGUUUGGCAACAGCCGCCUGGUGCUGUUCUACGUGGAGUACCACACGCCGUGGUACAUGGCCGAGCUGGUCCCCUUCAUCCUGCUGGGCGUGUUCGGCGGCCUCUGGGGGACGCUCUUCAUCCGAGCCAACAUCGCCUGGUGCCGGCGGAGGAAGACCACCCAGCUGGGGAAGUACCCGGUACUGGAAGUCAUCGCCGUGACGGGGAUCACCGCCCUGCUGGCGUACCCCAACCCUUACACCCGCCGCAGCACCAGCGAGCUCAUCUCUGAGCUCUUCAACGACUGCGGAGCGCUCGAGUCCUCGCAGCUCUGCGAUUAUAUUAACAACCCCAACAUGAGUCGACCGGUGGACGACAUCCCAGACCGACCUGCAGGGCCCGGCGUUUACAACGCUCUGUGGCAGCUCGCCCUCGCACUCAUCUUCAAGAUCGUCAUCACCAUCUUCACCUUCGGCAUGAAGAUCCCGUCAGGUCUGUUCAUCCCCAGCAUGGCGGUGGGGGCGAUCGCGGGGCGGAUCGUCGGCAUCGCCGUGGAGCAGAUGGCGUACCACCACCACGACUGGAUCAUCUUCAAGAACUGGUGCCGGCCCGGCGCCGACUGCGUCACACCUGGACUGUACGCCAUGGUGGGAGCCGCCGCCUGUCUGGGCGGCGUGACGAGGAUGACUGUCUCCCUGGUGGUCAUCAUGUUUGAGCUCACUGGCGGUCUGGAGUACAUCGUCCCUCUGAUGGCCGCCGCCGUCACCAGUAAGUGGGUGGCGGACGCCUUCGGGAAGGAGGGCAUCUACGAGUCGCACAUCCAGCUCAACGGCUACCCCUACCUGGACGUCAGGGACGAGUUCACACACCGCACCCUGGCCACCGACGUGAUGCGGCCCCGCAGGAACGACCCCCCUCUGGCCGUCCUCACUCAGGACUCCACCACGGUGGAGGACGUGGAGACGCUCAUCAAAGACACGGAUUAUAACGGCUUCCCGGUGGUCGUGUCCCGAGAGUCAGAGAGACUCAUCGGCUUCGUCCAGCGCAGGGAUCUCACACUCGCCAUCAAGAACGCCCGUCAGAAACAGGACGGCGUGGUGAGCAGCUCGGUGGUCUACUUCACCGAGGACGCGCCGCAGUUGCCGGCCAGCAACCCGCAGCCACUGAAGCUGCGACGCAUCCUGAACCUCAGCCCCUUCACCGUCACCGACCACACGCCCAUGGAGACGGUGGUGGACAUCUUCCGCAAGCUGGGCCUCCGCCAGUGUCUGGUCACCAGGAGCGGGCGUCUCCUGGGCAUCAUCACCAAGAAGGACGUCCUGCGUCACAUGGCUCAAAUGAUGAACCAGGAUCCAGAGUCCAUCAUGUUCAAUUAGCGAGCCUGACGAGCUUUACCGCGACGGUGUAAAUAGGUGAAACUGGUGCGACGCUACUGUACUGCAACCUGUGAAAAGUCCCUCCCACCUCCUGACAGGCAAGUCCCCACCUUGUAGUGACCACAGCUGCAGCCCUGCUCCAUGUGUUUUCAAUGUAACUGUGCUGGAAUAUUUUUCAUUCAAGGUAGCCAGUGGCAAAGAGGUUCUACUGUAGUUAAAAUAAAGAUUCGUUGUUUAACAUUUCAAACCUUCAGAAGAUUCAGCGUUUGCAGACUGAAAAUAAAAGCUCCGAUCAGACAGAGCGCUUUUUGCAGGAGCGUUGCCUUUUUCAUGAAGCCCACAAUUUAAAAAAAGAGCAGUUUGCUGCGUCUUUUUUUAAUAUUAUUGUUGCAAAUCAACCACCCAAAGCACUAAAAAAGUAAACCACUAGUUUGUCCUCCAUGACUGUUAUCGCCAGCUGUUGUUGUCGUCACCACUGCAGAAGGCCCGCCUCUCAAUUCAUCCGAUUGGACGAGUUCUUUCAGCUCAAGGCGUUCAGGGCGCUCCUGCAAAAAUGUGAGGAGCAUAGAGCAGAGAAACGCGAGGCGCUCAGCAACGCAAAAGCUUCACUCUCAUUGAAAACAAUUACAAAAAGCCGCCCCAAGCUGCUAAUAAGCUUUCUGUCUGAUCGGAGCCGAAAGCCUCUUCUAUUUCUUUGUGAUCAUCACCUCAAAACACAAGCUGUCACAUGUCGCCAUCGACGCUGAGAGUCGAGCAGGUGUUUAGUGUUCAGAGUGCCAAACUCUGGGUGUUGCAGCUGUUUCCAGCUUUUGGUAAAUCUCUUCAGUAGCAGCAGCAGCAGCUGUAGCCACAAUCAACAGUCAUUUGUUUAGUGCUGCUAGUUUAGAUUAAACUGGACACUGGAGGGAAAAUCCUGAGACUGAAUAGAUACAAAGUUGUGGUCAUGUGUGAGGACGUAUGUUAGAGGAGCUGUAGUUUACAAUCACAGGGUUGCUGCUCAGGCCUGGACAGUCUGACAGAGCACAGUAAAUUCAUUUAAUAACGAUCAUCUCUUAGAAACUUUCAGUCCCAAAGUAUGUCAGGAGUUCAGACACUGCUGCUUCCUGACUUUAAGGAAUAUCGAUCCAAAAGGUGUGCUUGAGGAAGGAGUUUUGUUACCUGUAAUCUUAGUUCUGUUAAUCUACCUGUAAAUUCUGUGUUUAAUGCUUCAGGUGCUUGAAAGCUUCAUGCUGUAAGUCAACAUUUAGGUCUCUACCUUUAAACUUGGAUUGUUCAUUGCAAGCUUCCACCUAUAAUCUCAUUGGUUUAUGAGUUUAAACAUAUUUAUACUUUCAGGUUAUUUUAUUUUUCUGUGAAGCCACAGGAGCUGUGACAUGACUGACCAAUCGCAUUGCUCGUAUCCGCUCCAAAGAUACUGAAGUCAAAAGUAAGAUUUCCCUCCAUGUCUCUUUUAUGGAUCCUUCGCUGUCUUAAACUUCUAUAUACAAAACCUCACCAUGAAGUGAAAAUAACAGCUUUACUUGUGAUCUUUUUAUUUCUUUGCCACACAGUUUUUGAAACAAACAAGACGCACAAGUGUGAAACUGAAGGAACAAAGUUUACAGACAGAAACCAAACUGUUCAGACUUAAAACACGAAGCAGCACAGAUCUGAAUAUAGAAGCUUUCAGCACAGUUUACAGGUGAAAACUGACUGUACAAAUUUAAGAUUAAAGGUACAAAACUCCUUCAAGCACACCUUUAUGGAUAUAAUAUUCUGUCACAGUACGCUGGAAGGUAACUGAUAUUAAUUAGCCUCAGAAAAAUCUUUAAAUCUGCUCUUAAGAUAAAAAUAGGUGAAAAGUACUGAUUUUUUUUUUUUUUAGGAAUCAGGUGUGUAGGAAUCUUUAAAUCUGGGUUGUUUGCAGGGUUUCGUGAUAUUAAGGUACUCGAGCAUCAUCAAUGCUCUGAAAAAUGGGACCAGGUGAGAGAUUUAAUGAACCAGAGGGGUUUGAAGUUUGAAGUUCAGCACCACUGAAUCAUGAUAUUAUCGUAAAAACUGUCUGUAACUCUGAUUUUAUUUGAAGUUGGGGAGUUUGGGACUGCUGCACUUUGUGUUUAAGCUAACUUGUUUUUUUUUUUAUGUUAUGCGUUGCUGCCAUAUUUAUAUUAACGCCGCCUCUGAGGGCACAAACUGACAGUUCCUGUCAGGACCAACACUGACACACACUGUGUGUCUGUCAAAAAAGCUAAAUGUUGUUUUUACUGUAGCAGCUGGGUAUAUAAAAAAAACAAAACAUUGUUGUUGGUACUGUUUUGCAUCUGUGUUCAUUUAACUGUGUCAAAAGGUUUUUAAGAGCCUUAAAAUGUGACUCCAAUGACUCAGUGGAGGAAACGUAAGUCAAGUUAAUUCACAUUUCACGGAAUAAAACCUGUUUUUAUUGAGUUAAAGGCCUAUACACACUGUGUGAUGACACUCAGUCAUCUCUGGCCUUUAUAUAAAAAUGAUCCAGUUUAGAUUUGGGAUAAAGAUCACAUGUGACCUACAGACUUCAAUACUCUAGACAGACAUUUAUCCACAAAGCAAGAUGAGAAAAUGUUGUAAAAGAUCAAGUCGGCACUGUUAAGUCUCUCAAAUCAGCUGGAAGUGUUUCCCAGUCGGUAGGUGAAAACAGAAACAGAAACAGAAAAAAGCUGAUUUGCUUUAUUUUGCCAACUUGUAGUUUUCUUCACAAAUUCUGUCCGAGUAGAAACGAAAAUUGACGCAACAAAUUUGGCCUUAAAUUUGUGAAUCUGUCAUAAUUUUGACGCAGGCUUGUUCAGUCUCCAAAUAUCUGCUGUAGACGUGUCUCUGUCCUCUCUCAGACUCUCUUCUUGUAUUGACGACCAAAGAUUUCAGCAUGUUGCACACAGUGUGUAGGGACCUUUUUUUUUUUUUUUAGAAAGGAUUCAAAAACAAGAAAAGUUUCAUAACUGGAAAUGAAGCUGACAUAUCUGUUACCGGGUUAACAUUUUUUAGCUAAGUAGCCAAUGGUACAAUAAGCUCCUGAUACAUGAACUAACAAAAAUAACCUGUAAGUCUUGUUUGUGACACUAAAAGCUAAAUAUUACAUCUUUAAGGAGACGCUUGUAGUCAGUCUGGCUGCUGCAAAUGGAUCAAUAAUGAAGAAAAAUAACUAAUGUUGCAGGAAAAUGAUCCAAGGAUAAAAAGAAAGAUCUUUCCCGGCAUGUAAAAAUAUUGAUUGCACAAAAAAUUCAGAAGAAAAAGAAACCAUAAAAUUUUUGUUUUUGAGUCCUGCUCCUCGACUGCACAUUUGGUGUUUUUUUUUUUUUAAUCUCUUCUGUCAUUUCCUUCUUCGUGGUAUUUGUUGUUGUGAAAAAUAAAGUGGAUCAGUCGGAGCUCCCAGCUGCUAACGGUUCAUAAAGACUGGAAACUUUGAGGGAAUUAACUUUUGGAAAACGCUUAAAAAAACCGUAGAAAACACUCUCCAUGUCGUUGAAGCAAAUUAUCAAGCUUUUGUUUUUAAAUGCCAACAGAAUGUAUUGAAAAAAUAACUGUGUAUAUAUAUAAUGAAGAUUUAUUGUGAGCAUUUUUUAAUUUAAUUUAAUUUUUUGUUUGAAACACACUAAUGUUAAACCCUGGUUAUUUUUUACGUUUAACUCUUAAGUAUUUAUCAGACGCAUCACUCGCACAGGAAAAAACCCAGAUAUUUGCACUUUUGUUUGGAUUUGUAAAUGAAGUCAUUGAAAAAUAAACCUUUCAAUUUACCUUCAAACGGUGAA